CCAAAAGUACCGUUGGAUCAGGCUCCCAUUGUUUUUUCCGCGCCAAUUUUAGCUUAUUGGCAAAAUUGCAUUUGUUUUACAAUAAACAUUGAUCUACCCAAUUAUGAGUAGGAAUUAAGUGCUUAUAUGAUUAGCUAACAUGCAGGAUCGUAUGCUUGAUUUGGAUCAAUAUGAGGAUAACCUCUUGCACAGCUGCUGGAAAGUUGGAGCCUGCCGUUCCCGGACAGCCGUUUUGUCUUCAUUCAGUAGAAAUGAAAUUGCCGCAGUGGAUAUUGUGGCCUGUUGCAAACAAAUCACAUCCUUGGUCGAGGAAAAGGCAUCAGAGCUGCAACUUUCGUAUUCGGUGGCCCCAAGACACCAACAUUACCAUUUCAAGAGCUUUGGGCAAUUGACUUGCGGUCUCACCAAUAUAUAUAGUCGUCAGGUGAACAUACUCUUGGAGGACACCAAACAUUUGCUGGAUCAAAUAAAAGGCAACACAUUUGACUUGGUUUUAACAACCAAGAAAUCUUUGAUACGAACCAAUCGCAAGCGGAAGCGAGUAAUCACGAAGGAGAGGAGACUGACGAUCUCCAAACGUCUCAGACUUGAUGAAUCCGAUCUUCUCAAUAAAUCAGUGCAGCAACACUAUGCAAAUUUGCUAGCCGAGAGUCAGGUGUGGCAGUCUGAAUCCACUCAGCAGCUUGAGGACAGGAGGUGAUCCAUUGAACUACCUCGAAAUUAUACCCAAUCAAAUUCAUAUCAUGCUCUUACCAUAACCGAGGAAUUCGAAAUUCACGAGAAUCCGUCAGAUAUUUAUGCAUCCGAUGGCUUUGGGGACUGUGAUCAUCCGGAUUUAACGUUUUUUCAAUCUCUUUAUCGACGAGAUUCCGUAAAACGACGUUUGACAAGAUGCGUUUCAACUGACAUUUUACCAGCGAAAAUGCCCAGAUUGGAUGUUGAUAUAUGUCAACUAAACACUUCCCUGGCUGACAGCAUUGAUAUAGAUACAGAAAGUAUAACUUACAUAGUAUGCGAGCCAUCGCUUCCAUUUGACCUCUAUAAUUCUCCAUCGAGGAGAAUGUCCAGUGCUGACAAUGCUAUUGAGGCAACGGAUAGCGUUGAAACAGCUCUAACGACUACAGUACAAAAAUCACGCAAAAAGAAGCUAAUAAUCGACAAAAGCAUUGAAUAUUCUCGAGAUAUGCUGAAGAAACAACAAUGUCGAUAUUUAGCUAAACUAAGAGAAACAGUUGUGAUUCCACCGCCUUCCGUGCGGCUCAGAACCCCGGAGAACCUUUUAUUUAAAUUGAAUAAGCAAAUUUCAAUAUUUCCAGAUACUAUUAGAAAUAAUUCCGUUACUUUAAGCAAAGAAGAAAAGGAAAUGCUAUCUGAGGUUACCUUAAGAAGCAUAUUCGGCGUUGAAUUUACUGAAGAUCUAGUCAAGGAGAUUUUUGUUCCACUUAAAAGCCGAAAAAUUAAAGAAAAAAAUAUUGUUUAUCAGCCCGUUGUUCCAGAGGAUCAGGAUCACUUAAUCGUAACUCCUCCCUUGCUUCCAGUCAUUGAAAGCAAUAAUAAUAUUAAACAUACUAUAAGCUAUGAAGAUAAUCAUUUUGAUGCUUACUCCGUGAUGAUGGAUUUAAUAAUGAUUUGGCGUAAUAAUCCCGAAAUCCAAGGAAUUGAUGCUAAUAACUAUAUCCAAAUGUUUCCAGAUCGUAUUAAGGCAUCGCUAGCCUUUAAUUUUUUGUUGUAUCUGAUCCGGGACAGCUUUAUAAAGAUCUCCAAAAAGCCAAACUCCAUUGAAAUGGACAAAAUAGAGCUUGGCCCAGCGUCUAAUGAGCUCAUUGAAAGUCUUUCACAAGAGAUUUUCUAAAUUAAUUAAAUUAAUCAGUCUGAUAGAGACUAUAAAUCAUUGUUUUUGGUCAUUUGUUACAUAUCUACUAACUUUCAUCGUUAGGUUAAAGUUACUUUUUAGUGUUCCCAUCUCAAUGUCCAUAUAUUCAUUUAAAAACUCUUGUACAUUUCAUUGUUACUAUUACGUUAUCAUAGAUAUAUAAUUCAUUAACAUUUUGGGUAAUUCUCUAAACCGUACUUGUUGUCCUUCGUUACACAAUCUCAUUCUCUCUGUGACAACACCAAAAAUAUAAUAAACAAGUUACAAAACAAAAGGAA